AUGCAUGCAGUGAUCUACGGAUUGCUUGUCUUAUUAACUACAAUUACCACAGCACUAUGUGACCUACAUACUGCUAUCUCUGUUGUUGAAGAUAUAAAGCAAAUAUCGUGUUCCAAUGAUGCUGAAUGUUCAACCAGUUUAGCACUACCAUCAGGUAUAGUCGCUUGUUCAAGUAAUAAAUGUCAGCAAAAAUGCUCUCACCAGGGCACGUGCAUUUACCCUGCAGGCCAGAAGUGCACCAAUGGGCACUGUUCCAUGAGAUGUACUAAUGAUCAGGGAUGCGGAAACAAUCAGCGCUGCAUCACCUCUGGUUCUGCUGAAGGAGUUUGUGGCUGGAGCUGCACAGGGUCUUGUGCAGGCCAAACCUCUUGCGGAAUAGACGGCAUCUGUCGCCAGACAUGUGCUAGUGACACCGACUGUCCCACUGGCUCCGUCUGUAGAGACGAGUCUUGCUUCAGGACAUGCACGGAAUCCAAGGAGUGCUUAUCAGAGGGGAGGCUUCACUGCUGGAACGGCGUCUGCAGGCAGAAGUGCGCCCAGGCCACCGACUGCCCCAGUGGCUACAUGUGCUCGCUCGCAGGAGACUGCGAAAAGGUCUGCUACUUCAAUGCGGACUGCAGCGUUAUCACUGGAGAGGCGUGUCUUAAUGGGCACUGCAAAGACGGGUGCAAGGAUGACGCUGACUGUUCUUCCUCACAAACCUGCAACAUCUCCACCUCGUCAAGCACGGGCACCUGUGUCUGGAAGUGUAGCACCGAUUGCUCUGCAGAUCAGGUUUGCGGGGCUGACGGUAUCUGCCGCAAUCAAUGCAGCAAGUGCCAGGACAAGGAAGAAUGCCUCUACGGCUCUUGCUUUAAGAAGUGUAGUAGUGAUACUGACUGCACAGAAACCCCAAAACUGUCCUGCAUAGGCCUCCACUGCAUGGCUGUCUGCGUCAGCGACGUGGAUUGCACGGGCGGCCGGCUGUGCUCCUUCGAGGGAACCUGCAACUACCAAUGCAAGAGCGUUGCCUGCCCACACCCUUCCCUGUGUGCACUGGAUGGGGUGUGUCGCUUCAAGACCGAGACGUGCCAAGAUGGUUACACCAAGGGCCUGGAUGACGGAUUCUGCUAUCUGACAUGUGACUCCAAAAACAGCGACAGUCCCUGCGAUCCAAUGAGGACAGGCACAAACAAUAAGCCCUUGGACCCCAGUGUUUUCGAGAGUAACGCCAAUUACAAUACUCAGCAGCUGGCUGCCCAAGCCACAUCUCCCCUGAACCAGAUCUCUAUGACCUGUGCCGGCGGCAACCUGUGCAAAGCUGGCUGCAUCAUCGACAGCGACUGCCCGCUACUGAGCGUGUGCGACCAGGAGACCCACAGAUGCGUGCGGCGAGCGGACGCCCCCGUUUUGGCAGAGAUAAAAGGAUGCUGGUGCGAGGACAUCAGCUUGCAAGCAAACUAUGAAAACCUAUCAUUCACUUUAAACGUGCGUCCCAGAAACACUGCCGAGUGCAGGGCAGCGUUUUCCACGACGGCCAUUGUCCGACUCAACCUAUCAGAUUACGAAGACACCAUAGUGCAGACUCUAUCCGACUUUAGUUUCUCAAAUACAAACAUGAUAAGGCUCGCAUGUAAUCCCAGCUCCUUGCAGAGCUGCAAGCUGGCGAUGAUAACAAGCACGUCCGCUUCUGUUUCCAUAGAGUCAGCGACGCAUAUCAUGCCAACUAUUAUAAGUGACAUACUUCUUGAUAAGUAUGACUAUGAUACUUGCUUUAUAAGCAAAGGUUCCAGUAUUCAGUAUAUCAAAUCCCUGGAAGAAACUACCACGCAGUUAUGUGCUCGGUUAUCAUGGAACCAAGCAUGCCCCUAUUUAUCUACUAACCAGAUUGUGCAAUCCACCCUUAUUGUUCAUUUUAACGAUAAUCUAACUUCUCGAGAUGACAGAUACUCUCUACCCGUGGAAGCCAUAUCCAGUUCAAAGUUAACAUAUUGCGCCUCCCUCGAUGAACGCGAUACAGCCUUAGCUAGUCGUAUCAACAGCUACUUUACUGUCAGUUGGUUGACUGGUACAUUGUCUUUGCAGCUUAUUAUUGAUGAAGUGGAGGCAAACGUAGAUGUGGAACUAUCAAGCCUGCGAACAACCUACAUGGAGGACUGCAUACAGGAGUUCAGCGUUGUCAUUUCACCUAUUAGUGUCUUCACAGUAAUGAAAGGAUAUGAUACUAUCAAUAGUCACUUGUGCUCUAUUCCUCCCACCACUAAGCAAAUUGUGUUAACAGCGGUUGUCAGGGAUGAAAGAACGAGCGAUUCCAUAGUCUUAGAAAGACCCUUUCCAUCUUUUUCCUAUACGUCGACAGCUUCAAUCCCGUUUUUGUGUGGAACAGGGUAUCACAAGACAGUGCACCCCGACAGUUGCCGCAGUUUCUUUGCUAAUGUAUCAACUAGCACUGUGAAGAAGUUGAAUGGGUACGUGCGCAUCACCUUUUACGAUAGUAUGGACACCUCUGGAAACGGGAUGAUUCGGUCUACUUUCUAUUACGUAACAUACAACCUUGGGUGCUAUAACGGAACCGUAGUCAUAGUGGAACCCACAGUCCUCAGCCUGCGCCUCCAAGAGUCUGGGGCCAAGGAUUGCAGCAUCCCUACCCUGGAGCAGGCCGCCAUCUGGCAGGGAGUCGACCUUGUCAACGUGUCAAGUACCCGUCUGAAUGAGGCCGGCGCCCUCGUCUAUAUGAUCACUGCCGAGAUAUACACCAACUCCUCCAUGCUCCUUUCAAUGGGGAAGCUCGCAAAGCAAGGCACCUUCAGCAGAGAUACAGACGUGCUCAGGUUCUCAUGCGAAACAGACUGGGUGCCUGGUUUUGGCACGGAGUACGCUGGAAUGAGCUGCCAGAGAGUCCUUGCCGAAUUGUGGAACAAAAAGAAGACAGCCCUCGUGGGCCUCACCAUAGACGGCGUCACUAACACUAGUAUACACUCGGGGUUCAUCCCCAGCAUCACAAUCCAAUCCCAGGACUACAACACCACGUACAUUAUCACCUUCUCCGUUGCCGCGGCCUUUGCUGUGGCGCUGAACACUAUGGCACUCGUUCUGUGGGUCCGGUUAAAUAAAGAUGUCAAGGCCUUGAAUCUCAUGAUACGGAGUCAGCAUCGUAAGGGAAAGCAGCAGAGCAGCAGAGCCAAGAGUACGAUGCUGGGAAGCAAUGAAGACUUCAAUAGCCCCACAUAUUAG